AUCAAAGUAAAAUACCUAGAUCUGAUCCCAAUCUGUUUACCGAUCUCAGCACAUCCCACAUCCCCCAUCCCCCAUCCCAUCCCCAGACGCCACUGCACACCAUCACCAUGGCGAACCGUGGAGUUCCGAAGACGACCGAGGUAGUUCCAGGUGCAGCAGUGAAUAUUGUUUUGAAAGCUGACCAGCGCACGGGCCGCCAAGUGAGCGGAACUGUGCGGGAUGUUUUAACGCGAGGCGAUCACCAUCGUGGUAUCAAAGUGCGACUUACUGAUGGUCGCAUCGGACGGGUUCAGAGUAUGAGCACAAUAAGUACAGUGAGCACAACUCCAACAUCAAAUACUAUCUCCGCGGAUGCAGCAGCAUCGGGAGGUCCUUCAACACCAACCGGAGGUGAGCCGGUGGAUUCGAUAGCGAUAGGCGGACCAAGUUCACAGCUGCGUGGUGCGCGUCGCCCGCAUUAUCGAGAUGCGAGGCUGGAAGAGCCGCUUGAAAUUCCACCUGAGCAGGCUGACUUAAGCGCGUAUAUAGUUCCCUCAAGGCGUAAGGGCAAGAACAAAAAUGGUCCCAAGCAGACUGCUGACCAUCCAGAUGGGUCCUUAAGGAGUAAUACGGUGGCAAAUGCUAUCCCGGAUGUAACAUCGGCCACGGCAACAUGCCCAGUCUGUGGCGAAUUUGAAGGAGAUGAGACUGCUGUGGCUCAUCACGUCGCCGAACAUUUUGAAUAAGAGCUCUUGUCUUAAUAGCUUCACGAUGAUACGAAGUUCACCACUCAUCAGGGAAAAUAACUUUGGCAACUGUGCAUGACCAUGUACCUUAGGUAGUAUCAGACGUCGAACACGAGAAGACAAGCGAGAUGUUUCGUAUGUAUCGCUCUGGCUUCCCGACCUAUCUUAGUGGGGUUCCUUGCGAAACAACGAAGUUGCA